GUGUAACACCUGUCCACUGUCUCUCUCCCUUUUCAAUUUUUCCUUAACGACGAAGGAAGGAUGGCGAGAAGUGAAAGCCAUUUAGGAUAAAAUACGAAUACGAUACAUUCUCGCUUUCCUUGAAGAAGAUAAGUUCGAAAAAAGGUCUUCUUUGUGUCAUCUGUUUACAGAAUCUAAGAGAUCAUAGAUGGGUCUUCUCUCCAACAGAAUCGAUAGAUCGAGUUUGAAACCUGGGGAUCAUAUCUACUCGUGGAGGACUGCUUACAUCUAUGCCCACCACGGUAUAUAUGUUGGUGAUGACAGAGUCAUCCAUUUCACAAGACGAGGCCAAGAAGUUGGAACCGGGACUGUUCUUGAUCUCAUACUUGUGAGCUCAGGUCCAUCCCGAGGCCACACGCACUGUCCAACAUGUGUUCCACCAAACGAAGGUUACGGUGUUGUUUCAUCAUGCCUCAACUGUUUCCUAGCCGGUGGUGUCUUGUACCGGUUUGAGUACUCGGUCAACGCCGCUCACUUCCUUGCCAAAGCCAGAGGAGGAACCUGCACACUCGCGGUCUCUGACCCUGAUGACAUAGUUGUCCACCGGGCCAAACACCUCCUUCAAAACGGAUUUGGAUGCUACGACGUUUUCAAGAACAACUGUGAGGACUUUGCGAUAUAUUGCAAAACGGGAUUGCUGGUUCUUGAGGGAAGGACAAUGGGACAGAGCGGUCAGGCUGUGUCGAUUAUAGGUGGUCCGAUUGCUGCGGUUUUGUCCACACCGAUGCGGCUUGUGACAACAAACGUCUAUGGAAUGGCGGCAACAGCGGUUAGUGUGUAUUGUGCCAGUAGGUACGCUACUGAUAUCGGUAUGAGAGCUGAUGUGGCGAAAGUCGCAGUAGAAGAUCUUACAAGAAGGCUGUCUUCAGGGUUGUUCCAAGUAAUUGAGCCUCCAUUAGCAGCCAAUGUUUUACCAACCACGAGUUGAUGGAUAAACUUAAGCUUUUACCAACCACAACAAGUUGAUAGAUAAGUUUAAGCUUUCAACUGCUAAUAAAAGUGAUCUCGUUUUCGGUUGUAAUGGUUAAGUUUAAUCAAAAUCAAAUUUAAACCAUUUGUAAUUGCUAUAUACAAUUAAAACAAAAAUUUUAACCAUUUGUAUAGUUAUGUUUUUUU